AAGACUCCGGAGAGGAUGUGGCUCCUUAGCAAUUGCACAGAUCUAAGACAUCAGCAAACACACGUGUCACUCAGCCAGAAGGAACAGGAUUCCUUGGAUUCCUUCCAGUUCCGCCUGGCUUGUUUUCCUCGCUUGCUCCAGGUUUUACUUCUGGUUGCCUGUGAGGGCUUUUGCUCCUCCCUUUUGAAAUCCUAUAUUAGCUGUGGCCAAAGCAGGGUAAGAAACACAGCUUAUUGUUGGCAAGUGCUGAUGAGAAACUCACAGAGCAGCGAAAGCAAAGGUUUUGAGUCUGGCUGCAGCUGCAAUAAUCCACUCACGUAAGCAAAGCGAAGGGAAGGGAGAAUCGCUUACUCUAUGCUGGGCGAUCUUUGCUGACUGAUUUCACCAACACGUUUGGAGCAAAAGCAGAAAGAGAGGGCGUGAGGCUCGAAAUGGCAGACCACAUGAUGGCCAUGAACCACGGGCGCUUCCCCGAUGGAACCAAUGGGCUUCAUCACCACCCUGCGCAUCGGAUGGGAAUGGGUCAGUUUCCGACCCCCCACCACCACCAGCAGCAACACGCCUUCAGUGCCUUGAUGAGCGAGCAUAUACAUUACGGAGGUGGAAAUAUGAAUGCAAACACUGGGAUCAGACAUGCAAUGGGGCCCGGGAAUGUGAACGGGGGACAUCCUCCAAGCAACAUGCCACCUACAGCAAGGUUUAAUAAUUCCCAGUUCAUGGUUCCUACAGUUGCAACCCAAGGGGGGCCCUUAACAGCCAGCAUGCAGUUGCAAAAGCUAAACAACCAGUACUUCAGUCACCAUCCUUAUCCUCACAACCACUAUAUGCAGGACUUGCACCCUGCUAACCAUCAGCUAAAUGGAGCAACCCAGCAUUUCAGAGACUGCAACCCGAAGCACAACAGCAGCGGCAGCAACAGCAACGUGCCUGCCUCGGUGCCCCACGGCCCUGCAGCAAUGCUGCCUCCCAAUGUCAUCGACACUGACUUCAUCGAUGAGGAGGUUCUUAUGUCCUUAGUCAUAGAGAUGGGUUUGGAUCGCAUCAAGGAGCUUCCUGAGCUGUGGUUGGGACAGAAUGAGUUUGAUUUCAUGACAGACUUCGUUUGCAAACAGCAGUCCAGCAGAGUGAGCUGCUGACUUCAUGCAAAACAAAGGACUUUUUAGCUGUGUGAAUGAAAACAUUCCCUCUAGACACAGUAUUUCAAAGGCUUUUAGGAGCGAGUAUCUGGGAAGCAGAGUAAACUAUAAGCUUGUACAAAUUUUAUUUUCUCUCUUUAAUUUGCUUCCUUUUUCAUGUUUAAGCUUGGACACUCAUUUCUACCCUCCCUAUAAUAAUUUUAACUGAUUUCAGUCUUUAGUAUUUCUCAACACCCCUUCUCUCUGUCUCUCUACUUAAACUUCUUCACUGGUAACAUGCCAAUUACUUCAACCGUUAGAUAUGAAUAUUGGCAAAUUGCUUAAUCUUGUGGAUUUUCUAUAGGCUGUCAUUUCAAAUGAUUAGAACUGCAUUCAAAUUCUGAGUUAAAGGACUAAAAUAUUGCAUUAGUUGGUUGCAUGAAGUUCAGGGUAGAUUCCUGCACAAAUACUGCCCUCUUGCUUUGUUUUUAACUAUGCAUUGCAGUGAUACUAAUUUUUUAGUCUGCUCAACUGGAAGCUUAACAAAUGUGGGCCAAACCCUCCCUGAUCAGGAAAAAAAAAUACUGUUAAACUCUGCUGCCUCUUGCCCUCCUUCCCCCCCCCCCAUCUGUACAGACAAUGUAGUGUGAAUGGAAUGGUCUCUAGUAGUUGGGGAAACAUUUCACAGGGUUUAAAAUUUUUUAUUUUGGUUCUGGUUUAUCUUCCACAUAUUCUUAUUUUGGCAUUGUGCUUGCUUAGUUUAUUCAGUACAUGGGGGGAAUACUACUGUGUUGAAAGCUUUUUAGGAAAUUUGACAGUAUUUUUGUACAAAACCUUUUUUGAGAACAUACUUGUUAAUUUAUUCUAUUUUAAUUUGCCAAUGUCAAUAAAAAAUUGAGAAAUGCUUUAAUUUUUCCUAAAUAUCAUUUACCAAAGUUUCUUUUUCUUUUCCCUUUUCUUUUUCUUUUUUUUUUGGCCUUGGGAAUUUUACCCCUCUUCUCCCCCCCCCCCCAAAUGUUUGAUACAUAUAGCUGGUUGAACUUGUUGAGCUGUUGGGUUGUGUGAGAAAGAAAAUCUACAAGACGACAUUGUAUGUCAUGAUCAGUGCAGAAGGUGAAAAGGAUUUAAACCUAAUUAUGGCAUCAGUCUCAUAAGUAACAUUGUAACAUGCUUGUGUGAUUUUAUCAAAAGUGAAAUUGCCAAGAGGCAACAACUUUGUGAUUUGCCAUCUUACUUGCUUUAAAUGUAGUUGUCCAGAAUUAUGAUGCAUAAAGUAUUUAUUCUAUUUAUCUAUUAAACUUUAAUUUUAUAAAUACUCUCA